AUGGUGAACGGUCUCAAGGUCGAAGAUAGACUUGAAGGUGCUUCAAACUUCACUUCGUGGAAGUUUAGAGUUCUUAUUGCACUUGAAGAAAAUGAUCUUCUUCAGUUUGUGGAAGAAAAAGAUUUAUCUGAGCCAAAAGAUCAAGCGGAGAAACUUCAAUUCAAGAAGAAUUCCAUAAAAGUGAAGAAGAACUUGAUUGACUCCGUGAAGGAUCACUUAGUGCCUCUCAUUUCUAAGAUGACAACUGCAAGAGACAUGUUCAAAACCUUGGAAGGUCUAUAUGAGAUCAACAACACAAGUAGGACUCUUGCAUUGAGACAACAACUUCAUCAAGUCAAGAUGGCAAAAGAAGAAACAGUCAUAUCAUUUUUCAUGAAGAUCUCAGAGCUGAGAGAUCAACUAAGCGCCAUUGGAGAUCAAGUUGUGGAUAAAGAUCUUGUCAUGUUGGGCAUUAAAUGGCCUUCCUCAUUCUUGGGAGCCAUUUAUUCAAAGUAUCAGUGGGAGAUCCAAGUUGCCCAAGUUUGA